GUCGAUUUUUCCCACUGUGCAGUGUGCAGUGAACGAUUCCAGACAUGCAGAAGACCAAGACGACAUGAAUCAAAUUAUUCCUAUUCGAAGAAGAACUGAGGAUGCCAAAGUGGAAAAUGGAGCUGGAGAAAUUGGUGUUCCGAUACUUGUUCCGAUAUUUAUCAUGCCGAUGACACAGCUCCAAAUAGUUCGACUGAAGUGCGUGGUUAAAAGUGCAAAUAUUGAAAAGGAAGUGAAAUUUUGAAUUAGUGGAAGAGAAGUUUUUGAAAACACAAGCACAAAGUAGUGAAAUCGCACGGAUAUAGCAAACUGCUGCGCGUUAAUGCACGUCUCCUAAAAGCAGCACUUCCUAAGUGUUCACCAACAAUUACUCCUGAAACGGUUCUCGCUGUGCAACUCUUGAAACUCGUAAAUUGGUGCAUCACUUCCUGGUGUUAUCCUGUUUUCUCAUCGCUCAUCAUUGCAUCCUGUUCCUCACAUCCUCACACCCACACUGGAACUCAAGAAACCAGGAGAAGAACAGGAAACAGCGCGCCAAAGAGUGCUAGAGCGGACCAACCCAUUAAAAGCAUAACUCUCGAAACCUCGCCAGCCAUGAAGUCGGCAAUUCUGUACCCUUAUGGGCCACUUCGGGCUAAUGGAUGCUGUCGAAUGCUGCAUGCGAAACAUUUAGCACUGACGAGUGCCAUUUACACGCUGAAUAUCUCCAUCCUGGUGGUGCUGCUCUAUUCCUGGCGAAUCAGCGUCAACGUGAAAAAGUACAGCGACCUGGAGGACGUCUACUAUGGUGUCCAGAUUGCUUACUUUGCCAUCAUCGGAACGCAGUGCUCCAUGGUUCUGCUCAGCAUUGUGCUGAUAUUCGGCAUCUAUAAGGAGAACAUUGGACUCGUGGUACCGUGGAUAAUCGGAUUCAUCACCUUCAUGGCGCUGGAAGCCGUGGCAAUGGUGUACUCCAACGUGCUGCGGGACCAUGUGAACAGGCAAUUCGACUCCCUUUGCAAAGCAGAAGUGGCCUUUUUCGUAUCGCGAGCAUUCAUCAACGCCCUGGCGAUGUGGGCCGUGACCCGUUUCUACAACCUGCUGCGGGCGGGCGUCACCUGGAAGGGACCGGAAGUGAUCGAACUAUGACACAACUCGAACGACACGGAGAAAACGCUGGCGUCUCUCCGUGACGAAACCCACCUGAUUGUGCGCAUCCGUGACAGCGGCGAGAACGACUGCGGCAGCAACGGCGGCUCCACCGACGAGGACGACGACGACGCCAGUGGUGAUGGUAAUCGCAAUGGCGGCGGCGGCGACGACGGUGGGGAUGAUACCGAUGACAAUAUGAUUGAUGCCUCGGGUCGGGGGCGGGGGCGAUACAGCCGGAGUCGAUCGCGGCAGCAGUUAUUCCGAGAUGGGUACGCUUCCGACGACGGCGGCGAUAAGAGCGCCGGAAGUGGCAGCGAGGAGGACGACUCACUGCUGGUGGCGUACGAUAGCAACUCCGUGGCAUCCGUUUGACAAUAUCGAAAGCUGGUGCGGAUGAUGGCGGAGUUCCAGCGGCAGGCGGACAGUGCCGUGUUGUUGUUCUUAAUUAUAUUUUGUAUUGAAGUUUAUGCGCAGAUUUUUAUAUUUUUCUAGACGACGGUCAGAGUAGUGUACCUUUUCUCUAUAUUGUUAUAACUGUGGGAGAGCGAAGAUGUUGAAUCCUUUGUGUAACAGAAUGCGACAUAAUUUUCAAAAUUUUAUAAACGAAGAAAUAAGUGUAUUUCUGGAUCUACAAAAUUCAUAAUCCAGAUCAUGCCUCGGUCACAAUCAAGCUUCCGUUGCAACUUUUGAAAGUCAAAUAGAUU